UUUAAUCCUUCCCAGACAAACACACAAGAAAAAGAUAAGAGCUCUGGAGUAACAAGAACUCCCCUUUUAUCUGCCUCCUUUCUUUGUAGUCUAAAAUGGCACCAGCUUUUGUUUGAUAACUCUUUGGUCACUGAAACUUCUGUUUUUUUCUGCGUGUAGUAAAUAAGGUAACAGCCAAAAAAAACUCUGACAACCUGCAUCAAAAACACUUCUUCUUCUUUCUGUUCUGUUACAGACUCCCUCCAUCAUCACAGGCCGACUUGGAUUUUGUUAAUCUCUGGUUUUCACUCCAUGUUUAUUGUGUAUUUUUUUUAAUGGUUUUCUUGGGUCCUGUGGCUGAAAUUUGAAGUGACAAACUGAAAUUUGUUUUAAACAUUUUUGUCUCUGCUUUCAUUAUUGUUUUUGUUUAUAUGAGAUGUUUUUGAGCUAUUCUAUCCUAAAUUGAGUGUCUCUGUGUUGUUGGAUAAUUGUUCCUUUUUUGUUGUGUUGGCUUUUUGGCACUGAAUUCAAGUGUCGUGAAGCUUCAAUUUUGAUUCUUUAUCAGCCUGUUCUGUUCUAAAGUCUGUAGUUUUGUUUCCAUUUAAACUUCCUGAUCGGUGUCAGUUUCUCACCUUAAUUCGGGUUUAGAAUAAUCUAUAAGUAAAUAUUUGUUCUUUUUUUUUUUAUAUAUACCGUUUCUGUAUUUUUUUCCUCUCUCUAUAUUUUAGUGGUGAGCUUCAAUUAUUUAUUGAACUUGGGGAUGGAUUUCAAGUAAAGAGUGAGUUUUUAAACUUGGGUUCUUGUUAUUUUUUAUUAUUUCUUUAAAUUCAUAUUGGUUUUGUUUUGAGACUUGGAAUCUUGGUGCUGGUAGGAUAUUCUUUUGUGUGGACUUUAUGUUAUUUAGGUUAGAGAGAGAGAGAGAGAGUGCGAGAAAGAGAGAUUGGAUUGUAUGUUGAAAGGUAGAAAAUUCAUAUGGAAUUGAGUAUGGAAAUGACUCCAAGAGUAGAGGUUGAGGAAGACAGCGACAACAAUAAAGGAAGUAUGUGGGAUUUGGAUCAGAAACUUGAUCAGCCCAUGGAUGAGGAAGCUGGAAGGCUCAGAAAUAUGUACAGAGAAAAGAAGUUCUCAGCCCUUUUGCUUCUGCGGCUUGCCUUCCAGAGUCUUGGAGUGGUUUAUGGAGACUUGGGCACCUCUCCCUUGUACGUGUUCUACAAUACGUUCCCUCGUGGAAUCAAUGAUUCUGAGGAUGUGAUUGGAGCUCUUUCAUUGAUCAUAUACUCGCUCACUCUUAUCCCACUCCUUAAGUAUGUCUUCAUCGUGUGUAAAGCAAAUGACAAUGGCCAAGGUGGAACAUUUGCCCUCUAUUCGUUACUUUGUCGGCAUGCUAAUGUUAGAACUAUUCCAAAUCAACAUCGGACAGAUGAAGAGCUGACAACAUAUAGCCGUUCCACUUUCAAUGAGCAAUCAUUUGCUGCUACAACUAAGCGAUGGUUGGAGAGAAAUGCAUUCAGAAGGAAUGCACUUCUUAUUCUUGUCCUUGUUGGCACUUGUAUGUUGAUUGGUGAUGGGAUUCUCACUCCAGCAAUAUCUGUUCUUUCAGCUUCUGGCGGGAUCAAGGUAAACCACCCCAAACUGAGUAGCGAUGUAGUCAUAGUUGUUGCAGUUGUAAUAUUGGUGGGUUUGUUUAGCAUGCAACACUAUGGGACAGAUAAAGUCAGCUGGCUCUUUGCCCCAAUUGUGCUGCUUUGGUUUCUCUUAAUUGGGGGUAUCGGCGUGUUCAACAUCUGGAAAUAUGAUACUGGUGUUCUGAAAGCUUUUUCACCUGUACAUAUUUAUCGGUAUUUUAGAAGGGGAGGUAGAGAUAGCUGGACUUCCCUGGGAGGGAUUAUGCUCAGUAUAACUGGUACGGAGGCACUUUUUGCUGAUCUAGGCCAUUUUCCAGUUUCAGCUGUACAGAUUGCUUUUACUGUAGUUGUUUUCCCUUGUCUUCUUUUAGCAUAUUCUGGACAAGCCGCUUAUCUUAUGCAAAACAAGGAACAUGUGGUUGAUGCAUUCUAUCGUUCUAUUCCAGAUAGAAUAUAUUGGCCAGUGUUCAUUGUCGCAACUGCAGCUGCUGUAGUUGCGAGUCAGGCUACCAUAACUGCAACUUUUUCAAUAAUCAAGCAGGCUCUUGCACUUGGAUGUUUUCCAAGAGUCAAAGUUGUACAUACAUCAAAAAAGUUCCUAGGCCAGAUAUAUAUUCCCGAUAUAAAUUGGAUCCUUAUGAUCCUUUGCAUCUGCGUCACUGCUGGUUUCAAGAACCAAAGUCAAAUCGGUAAUGCUUAUGGGACAGCUGUUGUGAUAGUCAUGCUGGUAACCACUUUGCUUAUGAUUCUAAUCAUGUUAUUGGUGUGGCGCUGCCAUUGGAUUCUUGUCUUGCUGUUCACUGGCUUAUCACUGGUUGUGGAAUGCACCUACUUCUCUGCUGUACUCUUCAAGAUUGGCCAAGGUGGGUGGGUGCCGCUUGUGAUUGCAGCUGCCUUUCUUGUCAUCAUGUAUGUCUGGCAUUAUGGUACAUUGAAACGUUACGAGUUUGAGAUGCACAGUAAGGUUUCUAUGGCAUGGAUUGUAGGGCUUGGCCCCAGUUUAGGACUGGUGAGAGUCCCAGGGAUUGGGCUUGUGUACACCGAGCUGGCAAGAGGGGUUCCCCGCAUCUUUUCUCACUUCAUUACAAAUCUACCUGCCAUACAUUCUGUUGUUGUUUUUGUCUGUGUGAAGUACCUCCCUGUCUACACGGUCCCUGAAGAAGAGAGAUUCCUUGUCAAGCGGAUUGGACCAAAGAAUUUUCACAUGUUUCGUUGUGUUGCAAGGUAUGGAUAUAAAGACCUUCACAAGAAGGAUGAAGAUUUUGAGAAAAAACUCUUUGAUAGCCUAUUCUUGUUUGUCCGGCUCGAGACUAUGAUGGAAGGAUGUUCAGAUUCAGACGACUAUAGUUUAUAUGGGCCGCAAACUGAGCGGUCGAGAGAAGCCCUUUUAAAUGAUAAUGUAAACACUGCUUCCUCGCUUGCUGAUCCCACUAUUUCAUCCAUCGACUCGAUCGUGCAGAUCAAGUCUCCAUCACAUGCAAAUUUUACCAGUAGGUCGUCCGACCGAACUAGCAGCCAGGCGGAGGUUGACCAGACAGAAUUUUUGAAUAAUUGUAGGGAUGCUGGGGUGGUGCACAUAAUGGGGAAUACGGUGGUGAGAGCUAGGAGGGAUUCAAGAUUCUACAAGAAGAUAGCUGUUGAUUAUAUAUAUGCAUUUCUUAGAAAAAUUUGUAGGGAAAACAGUGUGAUUUUUAAUGUUCCUCAUGAGAGUCUCUUGAACGUCGGACAGAUAUUCUAUGUAUAAAUAUUUUUUUUAUACAA